AUGAGCCUUUCAUUGCCAGGCUACUACUACGACGAGGUCAAGAAGAAGUACUUCAAGAUUGAAAAGUCGCAUUCGGCACCUGCCUCUGCCGCUUGGUCUGCCGCCAAUGUCAAGCGUCGAAAGCUCGAGAACGAGCACACUGCCGCCAAGCACGCCCGCUCUGAAAGGACAAAGCGCAAUGUGAAGCGAGCAAGGGCUCUGCGUGAGCCGCUGCUUGGUGGGUUCCUCGACCGCCAGCUUGGUAUCGGAGCUCCAGACGCCGAGGUGUCUGCUGCAGUAUGGGCGUUAGGGCUUGUUGAUCGGCACCACGUGGGAUUCGUGGAUGACAGUCGAAGAGGUGCUGUGCCAAAUCUCGGAUGUUUGUGGGUUGGGGGUGAAGACACGAGAACAGGGGUCGGGGUUGCUUACACGUCCUUGUCAGAGUCUUCCUCUGUAAGAAGCACGUAUAUUCAUACCGACAGCUGCGGGAUAGUAGGCCAGAGAACCUCACCAACGCAGCAACGCAUCACCACGACCAACGUGGUCUACGAGGAGUCGGUUCAGUGUAAUCAGGUCUCUUCAAUCAGCUACCAUCAACCUUCCCAUCGCAUGCUCGUCACGACGCGGGAGCCUUCAAACGAUCCUGGCGUUCACUUUUUUUCACCGCGAGUAACUUCGCCCACGGAGGACAGGCCGCACUGGGAGCUCGGUUCCCCUAGGUUGCCGGCCAACCACUACAAGAGUGUUCGUAUGGCGCCAGGCCGUCGUACGUACUCUGUCAAUCUAGCCACCCCAGCCCCAACCGCUUCGUCCGAACUGAUGUGUACGCUCGCAACCGACGACGGUAUCAUCCGCCUCACGUCCAAUAGCAAUAUCAGCUGGAUCACACCCAAAGCUGAUGGGGCCCACCAAAGGCCUCUUCCGAUGGAUGUCCUUGCCCAAGCCUUCAACGUCGCAAACCCCUCCAUCCUUUACGCCGGGACCCGGUCGUCCACAGUCAGGACGCUCGACCUCCGUGCUCCCCCACAGGCAUGGAGCUGCUUCAGAGCUGCCAGCGCCGUCACCCAUCUACGUUCCCUCGACUCCAAUCCCAACCACAUACUCGUCGCUGCCUUGCGAUCGAACCUCCACAUCUACGACCUCCGCUUCCUCAAAACGGAACCGUCGGCCCAGACCCGCUCAGAAGUCCCACGGAUGAAGAAGAGGAAUCGUGGCCGCGACCACGGACGGUCUGCGCAGCCCUCGGGCCCAGCCGUAGUUCAGCCCGCAACACCAGUGCUCACCUUCCCCGAAUACCGCAAUGAAGCGCACACGCAUAUAGGUUUCGACGUCAACCAGGACGUGGGUGUCGUGGCCGCGGCCCACGACACGCACGACGGCCGCGUGGCUCUGUACUCGCUGCGCUCGGGCCUGAGACUGCGCGCCCCGGCCGUGGACCGUGCGUCAACGAGGGGCCCGGUGAGAAGCCUGGUGUUCCAGAGUAUGCCGAUGGAGAGGCAUGCGAGUCUUUGGAUCGGUCAUCAAGGUGUGGUGAAGAAGUAUUCCGUGGGCGUGAGCGGGGAGGAUGAUGAGGCUUGA